UGGAAAUUUAUUUGAUCUAUACGUGAUAAAUACUUAUUGUCCCCAUAAGAUUUUGAGUUUAAAGAAACGUUCAAAAGUAUGCAAAACCCUUGUAUGAAUAUCCCUGUUCUUGGAUUCUAUCCUCAUCGGACAUAUGCACGCAACGUACACCACACUACUCAACAGCAUGAGUUCUCAUCUCAAGCGCUUCAGAUCGCCAUACCAUCGUGCUGCCAACAUCCUCAUCAUGCGAAUUGUCAUUGCAACGACACUCGCAGGUGCUGCUCUCACAAAGGUUGCACAAGGGGUUGCCGCUGCACCCCAGAUUGUGCCCCAGCCCAGUGCUAUCUGUCCAAUCCACCUACUCCCUGUUGUCAUUCUUUUCAUCGUCACAGCUUCUUUCUUACUUGCAUUCCGUCGUAGAACUGUAUACCUUGUUGACUAUGCAUGCUUCGUGGCAAGCUCCAACUUUAGAUACCCAAAAGCAACCUUGCUUGAGCAUGCACAUAUCUCGCCUUUGCUACAUGAUUCUACUAUCAAUUUCAUAUCCACUAUUCUUGAGCGCUCAUGCAUGAGCGACCAGACAUAUGUACCACCUAUACUUUCCUAUACAGAGCCAUAUUGUGGGCUUGAUGAAGCACGCGUGGAAGCGGAGUUGAUUGUGUUCCCAAUGAUUGAUGAACUCUUUGCCAAGACAUGCAUCAACAUCGAUGCAGUCCGCGUUUUUAUCACCAAUUGCAGUGCAUAUUUUCCAGUACCACCCAUCGCGGAUAUGAUUGUGAACAAAUACAAGUUGCGAGGUGAUAUCCACCUCAUGAACCUUUCAGGGAUGGCGUGUACUGCGUCAAUGACUGCGGUGGGAACUGCGAGCAACAUGUUGCAGGUAAUGCCUUGGGGGUCACACGCAUUGGUUGUAUCAACGGAGAUCAUUGGGCCAUUAUACUAUACAGGAAAUAAGCGUUCCAUGCAGUUGGCUAACAUAUUGUUUCGUAUGGGCGGUGCAGCCAAGCUCUUGUCGACUUCUAGGUCCAAGGCUCGAUUUCGUCUUGACCAUUUCACACGGACAAUCACUGCCGCAGAUGAUGUUGCCUACCACUGCGUGUAUCAAGAGGAAGAUGAGAAUGGAAACUUUGGGACUGCUCUCUCUAAAGACCUUAUGGGUGUCGCCGGAGACGCACUCAAGGCUAAUAUCACGCUAUCCGGGCGUCAUGUUUUACCGGGAUUAGAGCUUCUAAGGUUUUUGAUCUUCCGCCUGGUGAAAAAGGUGCUCCGUUCAAGGAAAAUGAUACAAUACAUCCCCAACUUUUGUCUUGCGUUCCAGCAUUUCUGCAUCCAUGUUGGUGGACCAGCGGUUAUCACCUUGGUACAACAUGGUCUCAAUCUAUCAGACAAACAAGUUGAGGCAUCACGGAUGACGCUACAUCGAUUUGGAAACCAGUUGAGCGCAUCGGUGUGGUAUGAGUUGGCAUAUAUCGAGGCUAAAUGCGAGAUGAAGAAAGGCAACAAAGUGUUGAUGAUUGGAUUCGGUGCAGGAUAUGAGUGCAACACUCUUGGUUGGGUAUGUAUACAACCAUCUUCCAACAUGGAUGGACCCUGGGCUAACUGCAUUUAUCAUUACCCAAUGGAUGUCUCCAACAAAGAGUAAACCAACAAAUUGAUUACAUCAUCGUUACUACUACUAGAGAAAAUAUUAUGAUAAUCAGUAUGAGGAUUGUUGACACACCAUUUGUA